CUUGAGCUGCCUCUGGAUCUGGAUCUGGAUGCGGGCAUCCUCCGAUUCUGCUGUUCGCACGGGCCCGCCGCACCGAAACUUACCGGGACGACAAUGGUGCACGCCUCGGUGGCUCAAUCCGUGGCUGCUGGUCGUUUCGGGGACCGGGGAUUGUGGUCAAUGUGACAUUCACUUGCACGCUUGCUGUUGAGUUUAUUGUUCUGGUCCCGUAGACGCAGAGCGGCGAUUCUCUGAGAAGAUGUUGAGCCGAUUCAUGAGUGGCAGCAUCAGGAAUCUCGAGCGGGAAUACAACUGCACGGUCAGGCUGCUGGACGAUACGGAAUAUACGUGCACCAUUCAGCGAGAUGCAAAGGGACAGUAUCUGUUCGACCUCAUCUGCCACCAUUUGAACCUACUGGAGAAAGACUACUUUGGCAUCAGAUAUGUGGAUCCGGACAAGCAGCGGCACUGGCUGGAGUUCACAAAAUCAAUUGCAAAGCAAAUGAAAGCUCAGCCUCCGUUCACCAUGUGUCUGAGAGUCAAGUUUUACCCCCCUGAGCCCGCCGCUCUGAAAGAGGAAAUCACUCGAUAUCUUGUCUUCCUGCAAAUCAAGAGAGACCUCUACCACGGCCGGCUCCUCUGUAAAACCUCGGAUGCAGCCAUGCUGGCUGCUCACAUCCUUCAAGCUGAGAUCGGUGACUACGACCCGGGGAAGCAUCCUGAAGGUUACAGCUCCAAAUUCCAGUUCUUCCCGAAGCAUUCGGCGAAACUGGAGCGGCGGAUUGCAGACAUACACAAGACAGAGCUGAUAGGACAAACGCCUGAAACAUCAGAGCGAAACUUCCUGCAGAAAGCCCAGAUGCUGGAGACAUAUGGUGUUGAUCCCCAUCCAUGCAAGGAUGUGUCGGGGAACCCAGCUUUUCUUGCCUUCACGCCAUUUGGCUUUGUGGUACUUCAGGGGAACAAGAGAGUUCAUUUUCUCAAAUGGAACGAGGUGACCAAGCUCAAGUUCGAAGGCAAGACUUUCCACAUAUAUGCAAAUCAGAAGGAGGACCUAAAGAUCAUCUUGACAUACUUUGCGCCCACUCCGGAGGCAUGCAAGCACCUCUGGAAGUGUGGAGUGGAGAACCAAGCCUUCUAUAAACUUGAGAAGUCCAGCCAGGUCCGGACAGUGUCCAGCAGCAACCUGUUUUUCAAGGGCAGCCGGUUCCGAUACAGUGGGCGAGUGGCAAAAGAGGUGAUGGAGCAGAGUGCCAAAAUCAAACGUGAACCUCCAGAAAUACACAGGGCUGGCCUCGUGCCCAGCAGAAGCUGUCCGUCCAUCACUCACGGGCCUCGGCUCAGCAGCGUACCACGCACACGACGGAGAGCUGUGCACAUAUCUAUCAUGGAGGGUCUGGAGUCUUUGCGGGACAGCGCCCACUCCACGCCGGUGCGCUCCGUGUCCCACGGGGAGUCCUUCAUCCCGCGCUCCCGGAGCCAGGCCACAGACGCCAGCGAGGGCGCGGCGGUCAUCUCGGACGAGGCCUACAGCCCCUCGGACAGCGUCCUGCCCACCCCGGUGGCCGAGCACAGCAUGGAGCUGGCGGUCUCCCGCCAGAUCAACGGCGCGCCCUGCAGCAUCGAGGAGGAGUCGGAGGCGGGCACCCCGACGCACGGGGAAGGGGGUGACUUUGGCGCGGACGGUAGAUCCGCUCAGGAGGGUGGAGGGGGGGACUCGGCCCUCAGCGAGGUGGAACAGGUGAAUAAGUUUGUCUUAAGUGUCCUCCGUUUGCUCCUUGUGACCAUUGGACUCCUCUUUGUCUUGCUCCUCCUCCUCAUCAUCCUCACCGAGUCAGACCUUGACAUUGCAUUUUUAAGUGACAUCCGCCAGACCCCCGAAUUUGAGCAGUUCCAUUACGAAUACUUUUGUCCCCUCAGGCGGUGGUUUGCCUGCAAGCUCCGCUGGGUGGGCGGGUUGCUCAUUAACAAGUGAGAGUGAGGUCGUAGCGUCCGUAAGGCCGCUCGGGGGUCUGAGGAGACGGUUAGGACUCCGGAGUGACGGAGGGCAGCCCGGUCCCAACCGCGAACCCGCUUCUCUCAUCCUCCUCCUGCAGACAUGCAGCUCGGACCACUCCAGGAUCUCUCUCCCCCUUCUCUCUCUAUUUUAAGUUGCACCCCGACCCACCCA